AUGGAGGCCAAGACAAAAGAAACAGUGGCCCACGUCGAAGGCGAUCCGGAAAAGUCCAAUGCCCAAACCUCAGUGAACAACGAGGUUGGCGAUGCGCAGCUUGCCAACAUCAACGAGCACGCCAUCACCGUUCGUCAAGCUCUACGCGCAUAUCCUUGGGCCGUGUUCUGGACUCUCAUCGUUUUAGCAUCCAUUAUCAUGGAAGGGUACGACACCAUUUUGAUUGGCAACUUCCUUGGCUAUCCCGCCUUCCAACGUCAAUUCGGCAUUCCCGUGGGCGAUGACGGCCACCAUGAGAUCCCCGGCCCCUGGCAGAUCGGCUUGCGUAUGGGACAGACCGGCGGCUCCAUCAUCGGUGCCUUCAUCAAUGGCUGGGCGGCUCCGCGCUUCGGCUUUAGGCCUGUCUUCAUGGUCGGGCUGUUCUUCAUGAACGCCUUCAUCUUCAUCUCCUUCUUUGGAAAGACCAUUACGAUCCAAGUCCUCGGACAAGCUUUUUGCGGUCUUCCAUGGGGUGUUUUCGCCACCAUUGGCCCCGCGUACGCCUCAGAGAUCUGUCCGUUGGCUUUCCGGCCUUACCUUACCGCAUACACAAACAUGUGCUUCGCCAUCGGCCAGUUCAUCGGUGCCGGCGUCCUCCAGGGCACGAUUGACCUGGACAAUCAGUGGUCGUAUCGCAUUCCCUUCGCCGUGCAAUGGGCAUGGCCUCUGCCACUGAUGGUUGCCGCGUACUUCAUGCCAGAGUCACCCUGGUGGCUAGUUCGCAACAACCGCAAUGAUGCUGCCGAGCACAACCUCAAGCGCGUCAUGGCUGAGGCGGAAAAGAAGAAUGCCAAAGAUAUCGUCGCGAUGAUGGUGCAUACUAAUCAGAUCGAGGAAGAGACGGUCAAAGGCACAUCCUACAUUGACUGUUACCGCGGCACGGAUUGGCGCCGCACGGAGAUCGCUUGUAUGGCCUUUGCUGGUCAGGUGCUGUCAGGCAGCGAGUUUGCAUACAGUGGAACCUACUUCUUCCAACAGGCAGGUAUGUCAGCCCAGGAUGCAUACAAGCUGGGGCUGGGAGGUACAGCUAUCGCGUUCAUCGGCACCAUCAUCGCAUGGUUCCUCAUGAGACGAUUCGGACGUCGCCAGAUCUACAUCAGCGGCUUGACCUCGAUGUGCUGCUGCUUAAUCACCAUUGGGUUUCUGACACUGCCGCGGCAACGCGAUAGCCUCGUCUGGGCCCAAUCCUCGCUGUGCAUCAUCUGGCUGUUUUCUUUUUCGCUGAGUGUGGGCCCCAUCGGAUGGGCCAUCCCUGCAGAAGUGUCGUCUACACGACUGCGAUCCAAGACCAUCGUGCUGGCGCGUAAUGCGUACUACAUUACCAACAUCUGUGCCAAUAUCAUUCAGCCUUACAUGAUGUCGCCGCUCGAGUUCAACUGGCGUGGAAAGACGGGCUUCUUUUGGUUUGCAUUCUGUUUCGGCACCCUAGUCUGGGCCUUCUUCCGUCUUCCCGAAACCAAAGGCCGCACGUUCGAAGAGCUCGAUCUCAUGUUCGCGCAGAAGCUGCCGACCAGGAAUUUCAAGAGUCACCAGGUGGAUGCGUACGAUGAGAACUUGGAAAUCAACCAGCGGGCCAGGAAGGCGAGCUUGGCCGAAAACUAG